AUGAAGAAAACAGCAUUAAUAGUAGUUGAUCUACAAGAGGAUUUCUUACCGCCUAAUGGAUCAUUGGCCAUUAAAAAUGGUCGAUCAGUUAUACCCAAAAUCAACCAAUUAUUACCAUCACAAGAUAAUCAUUCCAAAUUUGAUUGGUCCUUAAUUGUUGCAACACAAGAUUGGCAUCCACCAAAUCAUACUUCAUUUGCCUCUCAACAUGAAAAUGUUGCACCAUUUACUGAAAUUGAAUUCAUUCACCCAGAAAAGAAACUUGACCCGAAAACGAAUCAACCAAUUGUUAUGAAUCAAAUUGUUUGGCCAGAUCAUUGUGUACAAGGCACCAAGGGAGCUCAGUUGGAACCCCUGUUUGCUAAUCAAUUUGAAAAAUUAACAAAACAAGAUGAUAAUAAUACUGCCCCAUGCAAAAUAGUGAAAAAGGGGUAUCUACCUGAUCGUGAAUAUUAUUCAUGUUUCCAAGAUUGUUGGGGGUUACAUCAUACUGAAUUGAUUGAUCUUUUACAUGAAUAUGACAUUGAAAAUGUUGUUUUUGUAGGGUUAGCUUAUGAUUUCUGUGUUUUAAGUUCAGCUAUUGAUAGUGCUAAAAAUGGAUUUAAAACAUUUGUUUUGAAAAAUUAUUGUGAAUCGGUUUAUCCAGAGAAAAUUAAUGACACAGAUAAACUAUUUAUUGAUAAUGGUGUUACAAUAGUUGAUAAUGAUGAGAAAUUUGAUUCUUUAUUUAAAUAA